AUGACGGUGCAAGUGGACCGCGACGGCGUCAACUGCCAGCGCGUGUCGCUCUUCCGCAAGAAGACCAAGGAGAUCCAGAUCGCCAAGGACGACCUGCUCGCCGCGGCCCUCACGCCCGGCAGCAAGACCAGCGUGGAAUUGCACUUCAUGCUGCCGGGCAACGGCAAGGAGCACCGCCGACUCAUGCGCCGCUACCGCACGUUGACUCUGCGGUUCGGUGACGAGGAGACAGCUGCCAAGUUGGUGACAUCGCUACAAACUUUCAUCAAGUGGAUGGCCCGUGUACCCGAGAAUGUGACACGCCGCAUCAAGGUGGUGGUGAACCCGCACUCCGGCCGCCGUCGUGGACGCAAGGUCUGGGAGCACUGGAGGCCGCUGCUGGAGUUCGCCGACAUCCAGUGCGAUGUGGAGGAGACGCAGUACAGCGGCCACGCCCGC